ACAUGAGACUCACGGCUCACAUCCCUAUCCAUUGAAACGUGUGGUGAAAACAGUGACACAAACUGUGAUAAAAACUUAACAAUUGUUUAGUUAAUUGUUUCAUAUUUAACGACUCAUUCAUUGAACCAAUCGUUUGAUCAUAAGAUUGGAUACAAUCGACGGUUACAUCGAUUGAUUGAAUUGAAUAUAAUUUGUUUGCAUUAAUUGAGACCAACUCUUGGCUGACGUGGCUUUGAAUCAAUCAUUAAAUUAUGGUGCUGUUAGCUUCUGGUGUGGUGUCGAAAGUGAACGGAAAGAUCCUAUUGUCGCGACAGUUCGUGGAGAUGACCCGAUCCAGGAUUGAAGGUCUGUUGACAGCAUUCACCAAGCUCAUCACCAAGGAUAAACAACACACAUUCAUUGAGACCGACACCGUAUGUCAUAACUCGUGA